AUGGCAACCACAGCGUCUGGCUUUCCUGGUUUGGCUCAAAAUAUAGCUUCCACUCCAGACUACGAAACUUUCAUUUUCCGGAAAUUUGACCGUCUCAGCGCACGCAACCUUCUUCAUCUUGAGAGUAGGCUCGCUUACCUCGAAUGGAAGCUAGACCGCGCCGAUGAGCAGGCUAUGCAGAGCCAAGAUAACGAGACCCUCCGAUCUAUGCGAGCAUGGGAGGCGUUUGAGGAAAAUGCAAAGGAUCAAAGUCGUGCUGAGAAUGCUCGGAUGGCGAUAGCAGAAGAGAUAAAAAAGACACUGGGAGAAUAUCGUGAGGACACCCUUUUUUCUUUCUUUUUUGCUUCUGAAUUCUAA